GACUGACCAUGUCCCAAAACAUCCGAGUGUCGUCGCUAUCGAGCAUGGCAGCCGACCCAUCCGCUGUCAUUAGAAUAGCCGUCGUAAGUAUGCGAAUGUGCGUGUCGGGCUCGCAUUUCACGGUAGCAGGCAUUUGCAGCUCUCAAACACAAGCCAAGGGACCAGUCGACCGCAUCAUACGUCUUAGACCUCCAGUCGCAGUUUCCGCUUGUCAAUCAGGCCAUCUCUUCGCAGACACAAGACAGCGCUGAGAGAUGGAGGGCUCAUGCAAUACGUCUCGAGGGCCAGCUCAAGGAACUCCAGGCAAGACAGGACGCUGACCAGCAAGAGCUCGUCCAACUUCGUCACGACGUCGCACAAGCUCAGGCUCAGGCACACGAAAAGGAAUCGUCCCUACAACCUCCCAAAAAGAAAGCCAAGAAGAAACACAAGGAACAACAUCUUGACGAAUCUACUUGGAAAUGGGAGUUGGUGCGCACAGUGCCUAGGCUGGUCCGACUUCAUUCACUCCCUAUACCCGCCUGAACCCUCGCUACUUAUCGCAUAUACUUCUCUACGCGGGGCCCUUCUGUCGUCGUGUUACCCGUUCGCCUCGGGAACAGGCAAGGAAGUUCGUAUGAAAACCUACAUCCAUCGUCUUGCAGACGCAAUGAUCCGCGCUGCUGAAGCCAUAUAUGCGUUUCUAUUCGUCAAGAAUGGGGGCAAAUACAUGACUACUGAGACGCCUUCUUCCUCCAUGGGUGGCCUACCAGCGCACUUGGCCUUAACACCUUCACCACCAACACCAUCACGGGGAGGACGAUACCAAGACCUAACUUGUGCCUCCAUAGCUAUGUGCUACCCUCUCCUCGCGUACACCCUAACCACCGCCUUCCCUGCUCUUCUUAAAGCCUGUGAGGAUUUAUCGUCCUCAUAUGCCAAGAACGACACAUUGCUCGAGACAAUCCCACUCCCUUCAAGCGAACGACCUGAAUAUCAUAGAGAAUUUGACUACCAUCAAAUCAAUAGAGUCAUAGACGUUCUGUUAGAACUGAUCCUGCUUCCGUUCGUGCGCGCAUUUCGGCCACUCUGCUGGGCACGUCUUCUUCCUGUAAUUGAAGGCGCCAAAAGUGACGUUGUCGAUGUCGAUACCAACGCCAAGGCCAAACCUGGUGUCAAAGCUAAGGGAGGAUCUAGUGCUAUCGCGAAAGGUGCAGUGAAGGAGAAAGGCAAGGGCCAUGAAAGACAACCAAAAAGCAAUUCGAAGGAAGAUGCCACAAAGACAAAGGCUGGAAAUGGGAAAGCGAACCAGAAAGCCAAAGAUAAGGGAACCUUUCACCGCGACACCGCGGAUGCAGAUCCAACGGGGAAUUCUAUUCCUGUGCUCUCUGGCUCUCACUCCUAUCCGUCCACGGCGAAUGUAUGCACAGACAUCCUAGCACUCCUCGGGAUGGCAGCUCGUGCUCUGGAAUCACUCUCUUCGUCCACCUCACACGCGGAUUCACUGGCCAUUGCACAUGGUGUCAGUACCGGUGUCAGGGAACGUCUAGGCCUUGAGGCGAUCCGCGAACUCGCCGCGCUGUAUGAGGACCCAGUCGGUCAUGCUACCAGUCCCUUGGAUUAUAGACCACCGGAAGGGAACCACCCCUGUACUCACACUACGACCACGACCACACCCUCUCUCACCCCUGCGCCGCCAAGGAAUGCACAAACACAUACAAUUUUCGUGUGUGAGAGCACCGCCACCCGCAAUGCAACGGACGCCGAGAAUCCAACCGUAGUGUUGCAAGCGUCCAUGCACAAGGCAAAAGAGGCCCUCCAUGCGAGCCUCUUCCGGACGCUCUUCAACAAGGAUACAGCAUGGUACCUCUGCUCAGUUCUCCACCUCACUAUUUCGUCAUCAACGGGCUCGGUUAUAUCAGGCGAUGUUUCUGGAUUUGGAAGUAUGCCUGUGGCCAGCUCGACUUCUCUUCGAGGUGCUGAGAAUCCUCAAACGGCAGGGAGUGCAUCACCUCCGUCAUCGCCCCUAUUGGCACGAGCUGUAAUAGCAGGCAUUGGGAGACUCUUGCGCCUCGCAACCCCUGAGGCCAGUAUUGGCGAUGCGGCGGACAAUUUCCAGAAAACCAGCACCAACACACCUAUCGACCCGAUCAUCCAAAAUAUCUUCUUAGCGAUAUGCGAGCAAACUUUGAAAGGGUAUGCAGAGAUGGACCCAGAACUGCUUGAGUGACAAAUGAAUCGGGGAAGACGUUCUCAGUCUGACUACAUACGUAUUACCCCUUUAGCACGCUUCACGGAAUUGACAGCUUUCACGGGAUUGACUGCAAUAGAUUUUCCAACAAUUCAGAAGUUCAGCCUUCAUGCAUUAGGGAGGGGAUACAGCCUUAUACCCG